GGUCAUCAUGGAAAGAUUCAAGUUACUGGUUUUGCUCUUAUCAGUGUGUGGAUGCACAGCACGAAAGGCACAGCGAAGUCUGCAGAGAAACCAGAGAGAAGCUGUGAUUACCUCAUGCAACUUUAAUCAGGAUAGUGAGCCUUUCUGCAGCUUCACUCAGGACACCUCAGAUAACGGUGAUUGGACCCGACACAAAGGUUCAACACCGACACCUGGCACCGGCCCCAGCGGAGACUACCCUGAUGGAACGGGGUAUUAUAUCUACCAUGAGUGUGACAAUGUGGCCAAUGGACAAAAAGUUCGUCUGCUGAGCCCCGUCAUCUCCUCACCGGCAUCUAAGCUCUGUGUUCAGUUCUGGUACUACAUGUAUGGAUCCGACGCAAACAACGUGUUGAAGGUUCUGUCAAAAACAUCCUCCGGUGACAACGAGCUCUGGAAAAAGACAGGCCCUCAGAGUCCAGCCUGGUUGGAAGAUUCUUUCACGGUGUCCAAAGCAACCAGUGAGAGUGUUACUAUUGUGUUUGAGGCUCAAAGAGGCCUCACUCCAUCCUGUGACUCUGCUCUGGACAACAUAGUCAUUACUGAGGGAGAAUGUGCCGCUUGUGUCUCUGAAUGUGACUUUGACACAACGGAGGAUCUGUGUGGAUGGACGGUUCACGAUGACGAACUCGAGUUUGGUUUUCUCCAAUAUGCUGGGCAAACAGAGACAGAGGGCACCGGACCUGACGACGACUUCUCAAGACCUGGAUUUGGACAAUACAUGUUGUUGGAUUCUUUGGACGCUGUCUCUGGAAAGAGUUCUCAACUCAGGAGUCCUAUGAUACCAUCCACCUCCGGAUGUUUGGAACUCAGCUUUCAUUACUACCUGUUUGGUACCAGCACCACCAUGGAAAUCAGAGUCCAUGCCAUCACAGCAGGUGGAAGCCUCGGAGACCCAUUAUUUACUGUCACUGGUAACCAGGGUAAGGGCUGGAAACCUGCAGUGGUCCGCCUGGAGGGAACUGGGAACAUUCAGUUUGUAAUUGUUGGCAAAUAUGGUGAAACACCGGAGACUGAUGUUGCUGUUGAUGCUGUGUGCAUCAAGUCCUGCACCGCCCUGCCAACUACACCAAAACCACCAACCCAAGGACCAACUACACCAAAACCAACGACCCAAGGACCAAAUACACCGAAACCACCGACCCAAGGACCACCUACACCAAAACCACCAACCCAAGGACCAAAUACACCAAAACCACCAACCCAAGGACCAACUACACCAAAACCAACGACCCAAGGACCAAAUACACCAAAACCACCAACCCAAGGACCACCUACACCAAAACCAUCAACCCAAGGACCAAAUACACCAAAACCACCAACCCAAGGACCACCUACACCAAAACCAUCAACCCAAGGACCAAAUACACCAAAACCACCAACCCAAGGACCAACUACACCACAUCAACCGUGUCCACCUAAUGCAGAGUACAUAGAUUGUGGUCCAGCUUGUAUCCCUACAUGCAUGGAACCUUCCACCAACUGUUCUGGCUCCUGCAUCAGUGGAUGCUUCUGCAAACCUGGAUUUGUCUUCAAGGGACGAAAGUGUGUUCCUCUGGAUAAAUGUGGCUGCUUGGAUGAUGACAAGAAUUAUUAUGAGCCUGGUGAGCUCGUUUCAGGAGAUGGAUGUUCAAAGCUGUGUCGCUGUUUGGGGAACUACACUUUUGAAUGUGUUGAUAACUCCUGUGAUCCAACUGAAGAGUGUCGAGAGGUUGAUGGUGUUUCUAGCUGCUAUCCUAAAGGUACAUCAACAUGCAUAGCAAGUGGAGAUCCUCACUACACAACCUUUGACAAACACAAAUACAACUUCAUGGGAAACUGCAGCUAUCUGAUGUCUGCACCUUGCAACACCACAAGUCUGCCGUACUUUGAGGUCCACACAGACAACGAAAACCGAUACAACAGGCCCACCAUCUCCUAUGUCAAGGCUGUUCAUGUAUAUGUGUACACGAUGAAGAUCUCCAUUCUUAAAGAUGGAAUUGUGCAGGUGAAUGGGACUAAUGUAAACCUUCCAGUGAGUCCGUCCCCUGGUGUCUCUGUCUUCAAGUCAGGAAUACAUUACACCGUGUCCACAGACUUUGGCUUAACUGUUCGCUAUGAUGGAAACCACUUCAUGGACAUCAAAGUGAUCAAGGACUAUGAGGACAAACUGUGUGGACUGUGUGGAGAUUACAAUGGAAACACUAAAGACGACUUCCGUAAACCAGAUGGAUCCUUGACAAGCAAUCCAAAUGACUUUGGUCACAGCUGGAACACUGAUCCAGAGUGUAAUCAGAAACCUAACACCACCAUUCCUGGAUGUGAUCAAGAAGAGGAGGACCUUUAUCAGACCUCUGGAUACUGUGGGAUCCUUCUGGAUAAAAACGGCCCCUUCGCCGCAUGCCACCCCAAAGUCAACCCAAACAACUACUUCAGGGACUGUGUGUUUGACCUGUGUGAACUGGAUGGAGCCAGACCCAUUCUGUGUGAAGCUAUUGAGGCCUAUGUCACUGAGUGCCAGGACCGUGGAGUCGCCAUUGGACCCUGGAGGAAUGAAACUUUUUGUCCACUGAAAUGCCCCCCUAACAGCCACUAUGAGCCCUGUGCUGACCCCUGUCAGGAGACGUGCUCUGGAAAACCUUCCUCCUGUGGUGGACCGUGCUCUGAGGCGUGGUGUGAUCCUGGUUUUGUGCUAAGUGCUGGCAAGUGUGUCGCAAGUAAUACUUGUGGCUGCAAUCACACAAAUGGCCAGUAUUACGAGCCUGGAGAUGAGUUCUAUUUGGAGGACUGUAAACUGAAGUGCAAGUGUAAUGCUCCAUUUGUUACCUGUGUGGCGUCAGCGUGUCCCCCGAUGCACGAGUGCAAAGUGCAGGAUGGAGAGUUGGGCUGCUAUCCUAAACCAACUCCUCCACCAACUAAACCACCAACUCCUCGUCCAACUACACCUAAACCAGCAACAUCCCAACCGUGUCCUCCUAAUGCAGAGUACAUAGAUUGUGGUCCAGCUUGUAUCCCUACAUGCAUGGAACCUUCCACCAACUGUUCUGGCUCCUGCAUCAGUGGAUGCUUCUGCAAACCUGGAUUUGUCUUCAAGGGACGAAAGUGUGUUCCUCUGGAUAAAUGUGGCUGCUUGGAUGAUGACAAGAAUUAUUAUGAGCCUGGUGAGCUCGUUUCAGGAGAUGGAUGUUCAAAGCUGUGUCGCUGUUUGGGGAACUACACUUUUGAAUGUGUUGAUAACUCCUGUGAUCCAACUGAAGAGUGUCGAGAGGUUGAUGGUGUUUCUAGCUGCUAUCCUAAAGGUACAUCAACAUGCAUAGCAAGUGGAGAUCCUCACUACACAACCUUUGACAAACACAAAUACAACUUCAUGGGAAACUGCAGCUAUCUGAUGUCUGCACCUUGCAACACCACAAGUCUGCCGUACUUUGAGGUCCACACAGACAACGAAAACCGAUACAACAGGCCCACCAUCUCCUAUGUCAAGGCUGUUCAUGUAUAUGUGUACACGAUGAAGAUCUCCAUUCUCAAAGAUGGAAUUGUGCAGGUGAAUGGGACUAAUGUAAACCUUCCAGUGAGUCCGUCCCCUGGUGUCUCUGUCUUCAAGUCAGGAAUACAUUACACCGUGUCCACAGACUUUGGCUUAACUGUUCGCUAUGAUGGAAACCACUUCAUGGACAUCAAAGUGAUCAAGGACUAUGAGGACAAACUGUGUGGACUGUGUGGAGAUUACAAUGGAAACACUAAAGACGACUUCCGUAAACCAGAUGGAUCCUUGACAAGCAAUCCAAAUGACUUUGGUCACAGCUGGAACACUGAUCCAGAGUGUAAUCAGAAACCUAACACCACCAUUCCUGGAUGUGAUCAAGAAGAGGAGGACCUUUAUCAGACCUCUGGAUACUGUGGGAUCCUUCUGGAUAAAAACGGCCCCUUCGCCGCAUGCCACCCCAAAGUCAACCCAAACAACUACUUCAGGGACUGUGUGUUUGACCUGUGUGAACUGGAUGGAGCCAGACCCAUUCUGUGUGAAGCUAUUGAGGCCUAUGUCACUGAGUGCCAGGACCGUGGAGUCGCCAUUGGACCCUGGAGGAAUGAAACUUUUUGUCCACUGAAAUGCCCCCCUAACAGCCACUAUGAGCCCUGUGCUGACCCCUGUCAGGAGACGUGCUCUGGAAAACCUUCCUCCUGUGGUGGACCGUGCUCUGAGGCGUGUGUGUGUGAUCCUGGUUUUGUGCUAAGUGCUGGCAAGUGUGUCGCAAGUAAUACUUGUGGCUGCAAUCACACAAAUGGCCAGUAUUACGAGCCUGGAGAUGAGUUCUAUUUGGAGGACUGUAAACUGAAGUGCAAGUGUAAUGCUCCAUUUGUUACCUGUGUGGCGUCAGCGUGUCCCCCGAUGCACGAGUGCAAAGUGCAGGAUGGAGAGUUGGGCUGCUAUCCUAAACCAACUCCUCCACCAACGAAACCACCAACUCCUCGUCCAACUACACCUAAACCAGCAACAUCCCAACCGUGUCCACCUAAUGCAGAGUACAUAGAUUGUGGUCCAGCUUGUAUCCCUACAUGCAUGGAACCUUCCACCAACUGUUCUGGCUCCUGCAUCAGUGGAUGCUUCUGCAAACCUGGAUUUGUCUUCAAGGGACGAAAGUGUGUUCCUCUGGAUAAAUGUGGCUGCUUGGAUGAUGACAAGAAUUAUUAUGAGCCUGGUGAGCUCGUUUCAGGAGAUGGAUGUUCAAAGCUGUGUCGCUGUUUGGGGAACUACACUUUUGAAUGUGUUGAUAACUCCUGUGAUCCAACUGAAGAGUGUCGAGAGGUUGAUGGUGUUUCUAGCUGCUAUCCUAAAGGUACAUCAACAUGCAUAGCAAGUGGAGAUCCUCACUACACAACCUUUGACAAACACAAAUACAACUUCAUGGGAAACUGCAGCUAUCUGAUGUCUGCACCUUGCAACACCACAAGUCUGCCGUACUUUGAGGUCCACACAGACAACGAAAACCGAUACAACAGGCCCACCAUCUCCUAUGUCAAGGCUGUUCAUGUAUAUGUGUACACGAUGAAGAUCUCCAUUCUCAAAGAUGGAAUUGUGCAGGUGAAUGGGACUAAUGUAAACCUUCCAGUGAGUCCGUCCCCUGGUGUCUCUGUCUUCAAGUCAGGAAUACAUUACACCGUGUCCACAGACUUUGGCUUAACUGUUCGCUAUGAUGGAAACCACUUCAUGGACAUCAAAGUGAUCAAGGACUAUGAGGACAAACUGUGUGGACUGUGUGGAGAUUACAAUGGAAACACUAAAGACGACUUCCGUAAACCAGAUGGAUCCUUGACAAGCAAUCCAAAUGACUUUGGUCACAGCUGGAACACUGAUCCAGAGUGUAAUCAGAAACCUAACACCACCAUUCCUGGAUGUGAUCAAGAAGAGGAGGACCUUUAUCAGACCUCUGGAUACUGUGGGAUCCUUCUGGAUAAAAACGGCCCCUUCGCCGCAUGCCACCCCAAAGUCAACCCAAACAACUACUUCAGGGACUGUGUGUUUGACCUGUGUGAACUGGAUGGAGCCAGACCCAUUCUGUGUGAAGCUAUUGAGGCCUAUGUCACUGAGUGCCAGGACCGUGGAGUCGCCAUUGGACCCUGGAGGAAUGAAACUUUUUGUCCACUGAAAUGCCCCCUAACAGCCACUAUGAGCCCUGUGCUGACCCCUGUCAGGAGACGUGCUCUGGAAAACCUUCCUCCUGUGGUGGACCGUGCUCUGAGGCGUGUGUGUGAUCCUGGUUUUGUGCUAAGUGCUGGCAAGUGUGUCGCAAGUAAUACUUGUGGCUGCAAUCACACAAAUGGCCAGUAUUACGAGCCUGGAGAUGAGUUCUAUUUGGAGGACUGUAAACUGAAGUGCAAGUGUAAUGCUCCAUUUGUUACCUGUGUGGCGUCAGCGUGUCCCCCGAUGCACGAGUGCAAAGUGCAGGAUGGAGAGUUGGGCUGCUAUCCUAAACCAACUCCUCCACCAACUAAACCACCAACUCCUCGUCCAACUACACCUAAACCAGCAACAUCCCAACCGUGUCCACCUAAUGCAGAGUACAUAGAUUGUGGUCCAGCUUGUAUCCCUACAUGCAUGGAACCUUCCACCAACUGUUCUGGCUCCUGCAUCAGUGGAUGCUUCUGCAAACCUGGAUUUGUCUUCAAGGGACGAAAGUGUGUUCCUCUGGAUAAAUGUGGCUGCUUGGAUGAUGACAAGAAUUAUUAUGAGCCUGGUGAGCUCGUUUCAGGAGAUGGAUGUUCAAAGCUGUGUCGCUGUUUGGGGAACUACACUUUUGAAUGUGUUGAUAACUCCUGUGAUCCAACUGAAGAGUGUCGAGAGGUUGAUGGUGUUUCUAGCUGCUAUCCUAAAGGUACAUCAACAUGCAUAGCAAGUGGAGAUCCUCACUACACAACCUUUGACAAACACAAAUACAACUUCAUGGGAAACUGCAGCUAUCUGAUGUCUGCACCUUGCAACACCACAAGUCUGCCGUACUUUGAGGUCCACACAGACAACGAAAAUCGAUACAACAGGCCCACCAUCUCCUAUGUCAAGGCUGUUCAUGUAUAUGUGUACACGAUGAAGAUCUCCAUUCUCAAAGAUGGAAUUGUGCAGGUGAAUGGGACUAAUGUAAACCUUCCAGUGAGUCCGUCCCCUGGUGUCUCUGUCUUCAAGUCAGGAAUACAUUACACCGUGUCCACAGACUUUGGCUUAACUGUUCGCUAUGAUGGAAACCACUUCAUGGACAUCAAAGUGAUCAAGGACUAUGAGGACAAACUGUGUGGACUGUGUGGAGAUUACAAUGGAAACACUAAAGACGACUUCCGUAAACCAGAUGGAUCCUUGACAAGCAAUCCAAAUGACUUUGGUCACAGCUGGAACACUGAUCCAGAGUGUAAUCAGAACCUAACACCACUUCCUGGAUGUGAUCAAGAAGAGGAGGACCUUUAUCAGACCUCUGGAUACUGUGGGAUCCUUCUGGAUAAAAACGGCCCCUUUGCCGCAUGCCACCCCAAAGUCAACCCAAACAACUACUUCAGGGACUGUGUGUUUGACCUGUGUGAACUGGAUGGAGCCAGACCCAUUCUGUGUGAAGCUAUUGAGGCCUAUGUCACUGAGUGCCAGGACCGUGGAGUCGCCAUUGGACCCUGGAGGAAUGAAACUUUUUGUCCACUGAAAUGCCCCCCUAACAGCCACUAUGAGCCCUGUGCUGACCCCUGUCAGGAGACGUGCUCUGGAAAACCUUCCUCCUGUGGUGGACCGUGCUCUGAGGCGUGUGUGUGUGAUCCUGGUUUUGUGCUAAGUGCUGGCAAGUGUGUCGCAAGUAAUACUUGUGGCUGCAAUCACACAAAUGGCCAGUAUUACGAGCCUGGAGAGGAGUUCUAUGUGGACGACUGUAAGCUGAAGUGCAAGUGUAAUGCUCCAUUUGUUACCUGUGAGGCGUCAGAGUGUCCCCCGAUGCACGAGUGCAAAGUGCAGGAUGGAGAGCUGGGCUGCUAUCCCACCGGCUCACAGGACUGUGUGGUUUCUGGGGAUCCCCACUACAACACGUUUGACAAGAAGUUCUACAGCUUUAUGGGAACCUGCACUUACACACUGGCCAGGUCGUGCAAUAACAACACAGGUCCGUGGUUCUCUGUGGAGGCCAAGAAUGAGGAGCGGGGAGGGCCAGGCCUGUCCUACCUGAGAAAACUCUACAUCACUGUGAACGGAAUCACCGUCACCCUGAUGAAGUCCAGGAGAACUCUGGUGAACGGUGUGCGCGUGGCUCUCCCUCACUCCCCCUCUCCUCUCGUGUCAAUCAGUCUUGCCGGUCAGUACGUCACCUUGGAGACGACCUUUGGUCUCCGGGUCCGUUGGGAUGGAAAUCAUUAUGCCCAGAUCUCAGUACCAAGCUCUUACUAUGACCAGAUGUGUGGUCUCUGUGGCGACUACGAUGGGAACCCAAACAACGACUUCACUAAACCAGACGGCUCCCUGGUAGACAACGUCAAUGACUUUGGAAACAGCUGGCAGACGAAAGAGGACGAGGAUGAGAGAUGCACCCAAGGCUCAAAGCCGGACCCAGACUGCGACCCCAGCCUGGAGGCUGAGUUGGUGAAACCAGACAAAUGUGGCAAAAUAACAGAUCCUACUGGACCCUUCAGGGACUGCAUCGCUGUUGUAGAUCCCACGUCGUUCUUCAAAAGUUGCCUUUACGACAUGUGCCAGUUCAACGGCCAGGAGCAUGUGCUGUGUGACCAGCUGCAGGCUUACACUGACGCAUGCCAGAGUGCUGGAGCCACGGUGCACCAGUGGAGAUCUCCAGACUUUUGCCCCCUGGCCUGUCCCCCUAACAGCUCAUACUCCCUGUGUGUGAGCUCCUGUCCUGAAACAUGUCUGGGUGUGGCCGGCCCGCCUGGCUGUGAGGACGUGUGUGUGGAGGGCUGUGAGUGUAACCCGGGCUUCAUCCUCAGCGAUGACAGAUGUGUUGCGUUGAAAGACUGUGGCUGUGUGGACGCCAAGGGGACAUACUAUCCUGUGGGAGAGGACUGGUACUUGGAGGGUUGUGAGCAGAAGUGUGAGUGUCGGGCAGGAGGUUUGCUCCAAUGUUACAACACCAGCUGCAGACCCGGCACAGAGAGCUGCCAGCUGCAUGAUGGGCAGUAUGAAUGCCGACCUCUGGGAAAUGGUAUCUGUUCAGUGUCUGGAGAUCCUCACUACACCACCUUUGAUAAGGAAACCCACAAUUACAUGGGUGCUUGCUCCUACACACUAACCAAGCCCUGCAACGAGUCCUCCGGGUUGCCGUACUUCACAGUGGACACCAUGAAUGAGCACAGAGGGAGUAACAAGAAGGUCUCCUACGUCCGAGCUGUGAUCAUCAACGUGAACGAUGUGACAUUCAUCCUCGGCGAAGGCCGCAAAGUCCAGGUCAACGGGACUUUAGUUGUUCCACCCAUUACCUCCAUCAGUGGGGUUCAAAUCUACCUGAGCGGAAAGUUUGUCGUUCUGGAAACAUCGUUUGGGCUGAGGGUUCGGUUUGACGGGAAUCACCACGCAGACGUCUCCGUUCCAACUUCAUACAACGGCCUUCUUUGUGGCAUGUGUGGAAAUUUUAACGGCGAGCCCAAAGACGACAACUUAAAACCAGACAACACAGCAGCUUCUAACACCAACGACCUGGGAGACAGCUGGCAGGUGCCUGACCCACGGCCUGACUGCACUAAUGGUGGAGGAGAGGAGGACUGUGAUGAAGAUGUGGAGGAAGAGGCCCAGAAGCCCACCAGCUGUGGAAUGAUCACUGAUCCCAAUGGAAUCUUUAAGCCAUGCCACUCUGUCGUCCCUCCUGAAUCCUUCUUUGACAACUGUGUGUAUGACCUGUGUGCCACCGGCGGCCAGACAGUGGCUCUGUGCCAGGCCAUAGAGAGCUACGCUGACCUGUGUGCUGCUGCAGGAGUCCCCAUCCACUGGAGAGACAACACCUUCUGUCCGCUGAAGUGCCCGGCCGGCAGUCACUAUGAGCCGUGUGCCUCCGCCUGCCGUCAGCCCAGCUGCCAGGACCCUGCAGGUCCUGGGGGCUCCUGCAGCCACCCCUGUGUGGAGGGCUGUGUGUGUAACGAGGGCCUGGUUCUCAGCGGAGACAAGUGUGUCCCACUCAGUGAGUGUGGAUGUACAGAUGAAGAUGGGAAAUACAGACCGGUUGGAGACACCUGGUUCACUGAGACUGACUGCUCAGAGCGCUGUAAGUGUAACGGGAAUCUCAACGUCACCUGCGAGCCGUGGCGCUGCAGUCCGGCGCAGGAGUGCAAGGUGGUGGAGGGAGUUCUGGGCUGUCACUCUACAGGUAAAGGAGUGUGUCAUGUCGCUGGAGAUCCACAUUAUUACACUUUUGACGGUGUGAUGCACACGUUCAUGGGCACCUGCACAUACACACUGGUGGAGGUGUGCAACAGCAGCAUGGUAACGCCCUUCAAAGUGGUGGCUAAAAACGAGGAGCGCGGUCAGCCAGAGGCCUCCUACCUCCGCUACGUCAGAGUCUACCUGCCUCACGACACCGUGGUUGAGCUCCAGAAGGGCCGCAGAGUUCUGCUGAACGGGCGGCGUGUGCGAACCCCGCUCACCAUCGACGCAGCCGGAGCCAAGGUGAUAAUCAGCGGGUCCUACAGCCUUCUGGACACAAACUUUGGCCUCCAGGUGAAGUUUGAUGGAGUCCAUCACCUGGAAAUCACCAUACCUGGAGAAUACUUCAACAAGGUGUGUGGCAUGUGUGGGAACUACAACCAUGACAGCUCUGAUGAUAACCUGAUGCCUGAUAAGAGACCAGCCAAGGACGUGAUUGAACUGGGCAACAGCUGGAAAUCAGAUGGAGACAGUGAUCCUGGCUGUCAGCCGGACACGCGACCCGACAUCCACCCUAACUGCACCACCGAAGAAGAGAGUCUGUAUUCGGCUCAGUGUGCUGAGGUCAUCAUGUCUGACCGCUUCAAGCCCUGCCACUCUGUAGUGCCGCCCGAGGUCUUCCUUGGCAACUGCAUCUACGACAUGUGUGAGUACGACGGCAUGCAGUCGACGCUGUGUGACAACGUGGAGGCGUACGCCCAGGCCUGCCAGAGCGCUGGCGUCACCAUCAGCUGGAGGAACAACACUUUCUGUCCGCUGCCUUGUCCCACGAACAGCCACUACUCAGACUGCACUCUGCCCUGCCCUCCCACCUGCUCCGACCUCUUCCCCAUAUUCUGCCACCUUCCACCAACCACCUGUGUGGAAGGCUGUCAGUGCAACGCCGGACACGUCCUCAGUGACGACAAGUGUGUUCCUCUGCAUAAAUGUGGCUGCGUGGACUCGGACGGAGAGUACCACGAUGUGGGAGACUCAUGGCUGACAGAUAAAUGUUCUGAGUCAUGCAAUUGUAACCUUGGUGGUGGAAUCACAUGUAAAAGCCACAGCUGUAACGCAAACUCAGUGUGUGCCCUGGACAAAUUCGGAGAUGUCUACUGCAAGCCCAGCAAGUUUGACCGGUGCAGCAUCACCGGAGACCCUCACUACAGGACUUUCGAUGGCUUCAGACAUCACUUCCAAGGACCUUACACCUACGUCCUGACUCAGGGCCACAAUCUCCUGGACUCCCAGGUUCCCCUGCUGGUGAGAGGGAAGAACAUCAGACGAGGUGCGAGCAAGAGAGUGUCCGUCCUGGAUCAGAUGUACGUGGACGUCUAUGGCGUCAGCGUCCGUUUCCUGCAGAAGAACGUUGUCCUGGUGAACGGAGAGCGUGUCACACCUCCUCUCAGUCCGGUCAGGGGCUUGACGAUCACAAUGAACUCCAAGGAAGUCCAGCUUUCCACAGACUUUGGACUCACAGUACGCUUUGAUGGCAAAAUCCGUGGAGAAAUUGAGCUCCCCAGCACAUACAGGCACUCUGUCAGAGGACUGUGUGGGAACUAUGAUGGCAUCACCGGAAACGAGUACAUGAAACCCGAUGGGACAUUGGUCAGGAGUUUGAAUGAGUUUGGAGAAAGCUGGAGAACCAACGACCGAGUUGGUGAUGGGCUGGAGAUCUCUGAAGUUCAGACGGCCGUUCAUGUCCACAGGCGAGAGGUGGAGACAGAUCCAGAGUCGGGAUUUGAGACGACUGACUGCACCGCGUCUCAACUCAGCGACUACAGCGGCGUGAGAAAGUGCGGAGCCCUGUCAGACCCCCAGGGGCCGUUUGCGGCCUGCCAUGACACUGUGGAACCCCAACCCUACCAGGAUGACUGUUUGUUUGACCUGUGUGCUGAGGAGGGCAGCGAGGAGCUGCGCUGUGGCAGCUACGAGGCAUACGCCACCGCCUGUCAGGAGGCUGGAGUCAGACUGGGAGCCUGGAGGCAGAAUCUGAACUGCGCCCUGGCUUGUGGCGCCAACAGCUCCUACUCCCAGUGCAUGACGGCGUGUCCAUCGUCCUGCGCCGACCUGGCAGCACCCUCUGAAUGUGACGUCACUUCCUGUGUGGAAGGGUGCCAGUGUGCCUCUGGUUUCGUCAUGAGCGAGGGGAUCUGUGUGCCGUACCCACAGUGUGGCUGCACCUUCCUCAGCAGAUACUACCCUCUGAAUGAGAAGUUUGUCACUGAAGACUGCUCCCAGUCGUGCGAGUGUACCAGCAGAGGAGCCGUGUGCCAACCCAAGAGCUGCCAGGAGGGUUAUCUCUGCACCAUCUUCGAGUUAAAGCGAGACUGCUUCAAAGCAAGCCCCUGCCUCAGUUCUCCCUGUGAGAACGGAGGAACAUGUGUGGCAGGCAACAACAACAACACAUUCGUAUGUGAAUGUCCAGAAGGCUUCGAAGGCGACGUCUGUGAGAUGGAGGUUACUGAGGUUCCCGGAGGGCUGGCAACCAAGUGGAUAAUCCUAAUUGCAGUCUUGGCCUCGGCUGUCUUCGUCGUCAUUGUGAUUACCAUUGUGUGUGUGUGCACACGGAAAAACAAGAAUAGCAUUUCUGAUGACGGAAGUGUCAGCUUGAAAUCAACAGGUUAUUCAUACGAACAGAUGGAUGAUGAAAGGAAAGAAAAACUGACCAACAUGUGAUGACGGCUCACAUGUCAACUUCUGCUCUGCUCUGUUCUUCUUUAUGUGACAGACACUUUUUAACUUAUAUUUUUGAACAAACCUUUUUUUGUGUAAAAUGUUAAUGUUUCCUUAAUGAACUUUUUUUUUUAGUUUAAAUGUCUGUAAUUUGUGAAUAAAUAUGCCUUUGUUGAAGCACAA